GUCGUAAGAAGUCGACACCACUCGCGCAUUUUUCCAGCUGACAUCUUAGUGUUAGCAAAGGAAAGCUCCCCCCUGUCAUGGCUGCUCCAUCCUUCCUCCUCCUCUUCCCCCUGGGUUUGCUGUCUGCUGUGAGAUCAGCCUCGCUGAUGGACCCUGGCUCUAUGACGUCAUCAGAUCCCUCCGUCCAGGCUCCUCAUUUGACUGGGUGUAAGUCCAGGGAACAGGAGACCUUUAGGUGUUGGUGGAGUCCCGGAAGCUUCCAGAAUCUCACGGAACCCGGAGCACUGCAAAUCCAGUACUGGAAGAAGAAUGACUUGACGAAGGAAUGGAAGGAGUGCCCUGACUACUCCUCCUCUGUGAAGAAUGAAUGUUUCUUUAAUAAGAACAACACAGUUAUCUGGAUCAAAUACUGUGUGCGGCUCCACUCUGAAAGCCAGAACAAAACCUACGAUACCUUGUGCUUCGAAUUGCAGGACAUUGUGCACCCUGACCCGCCAGUGGCUCUGAAUUGGACGCUGCUGAACAUCAGCCUGUCGGGCCUGAACUAUGACAUCAUGGCGAGCUGGGAACCCCCGCCCUCGGCCGACGUAGCCGUUGGAUGGUUGACACUGGUGUAUGAAGUCCAGUACAGGAGGAGGAACAGCUCACACUGGAAAGUGUUGGAGCAUGAGUUUGGCACCCAGCAGUCUAUCUACGGCCUUCAGACAGGAGAGGAGUACGAGGUGCGUGUGCACUGUGCAAUGAGGGCCUUCAAUAACUUUGGGGAGUUCAGUGAUGUCAUCUUUGUCCACGUGCCAGAGAUUCCCAAUGAAGAGUCAACGUUCCCUGUGACUCUGGUCCUGAUCUUCGGGGCUGUGGGCGUGGCCAUUCUCCUCAUGCUCAUCAUCUUCUCUCAGCAGCAGAGACUGAUGGUGAUUCUGCUGCCUCCUGUCCCUGCACCCAAAAUCAAAGGGAUAGAUCCAGCACUGCUUAAGAAGGGAAAGCUGGACGAGCUGAACUUCAUCCUGAGUGGAGCUGGUAUGGGGGCUCUCCACUCCUACCCCCCGGACCUGUACCAGGACAUGCCCUGGGUGGAGUUCAUCGAGCUGGACGCAGACGAGCCUGAGCCUGGGGAGAAGGACAACCAGAGCUCAGACUCACAGAGACUGCUGGGUCACAACAACCACCACACAAACCAUGGCUGCUCUCAUGGCCUCGGUAUCCCUGAUGAUGACUCUGGCCGGGCCAGGUCCUAUGAUCCAGAGCUGCCUGACCAGGAGACCCUGAUGUUAAUGGCUGCCCUCCUGUCCAGCCAACCCGACAAAGUUGAGCCAUGCUUGGGGAACUGGAGCCACUCAAGCACCCCGUCCAUAGAUGUGCUGGAGGUCCCAUGCCCCGGGCUCCAGGCUCCAGGCUUACCUCCAGAGGGAAGGGAGAGGCACCUGGUCCAGACUCAGCUGGGAGGCCCUCAGAGCUGGGUUAACAUGGACUUCUAUGCACAGGUCAGCGAUGUGACGCCCACCGGAGGGGUGGUGCUCUCGCCAGGCCAGCAGGUCAGAGCCCCGGAGAACACUCCAACAACAGAGAAGGAUAAGAAGGGAAAAAUGGAGGGAGGAGAGGAGGAGAGUGAGGAAGUGGAGGAGAGGAGAAUGAACAAGCUGAAGUUUCAGCUGCUGGUGGUUGCUCCUGAGGCAGGGGGCUACACGACAGAGAGCAGUGGCCGGCAGAUGAGCACCCCUGACCCCUCCUCACCUGGGGAGGUCUACCACACCUUCCCCUCACCUUCCGCCGAGAGCAAGCCCCACCAGGUCUAUCUUCCUCCUACCACCCCCCUAGGGGACUACCAGUCCCCCUACAUCCUUACUGACUCCCCCCCUGCUCAGUUCCUCCCCCCUGUUUCGGACUACACUGUGGUUCAGGAUGUUGAUUUCCAGCACAGCCUUCUCCUCAACCCCCCUUCCCCCCAGAGGUCCCCUACCUGUUCCCCACAACCCCCCUCCAAGCCCCUGCCCGUCAUGCCCAUAGGGUACCUCACCCCGGACCUGUUGGGCAACCUCUCGCCUUAAGAAAAACUACACCGCCCAGGAGGCCUUGGGGCGUGGAGGUUGGACGCCACUUGUCAUGAAGUCAAUAAUCAUCACAGACAGCCUUGUUCUACUUGAUCAAUGCUGGAAGCCAAAUAUGUCACAGGACAGACUCGACAACAAGCAUGGUCCUUCAUUUGAGUGUUUGCUUGAAGGGAAGCUGAGAAAGAGAAAUGUUUAGUUGUUGUGUUUGGCUUUUAUGAGUGACUGGAACUGGAGGAAAGACCUUCUAUAAAAUUGGCCUUUCUGGUUUGACAGAGCUUAAAGUAAUACGU